AUAACUACAAAGGCGCCUUGACGACAGCUAACAAAACGGUCAAAAUCCAUAGGCAAAUAGCCAGGGAAACAAACAACAGUUAUUCAUUGUUGCUCGAAGCUCCAAGCGGAAUGCAGUACAGUUGGCUGCCGCAGGAGAGACGCGAGGUGAAGACUAGGGAGAAGCCACCGUUGGUAAUAUCGCUGCAGCGCUAUGGACGCCUGCAAUCGAAUGCCAACCAGGCCGCCAAGGAGCAGCAGCGGCAGCAGCAACUGCAGCGGCAGGCCUACGAGGAGCAGCUGCGUCUUGGCGGCGAGGAGUUGCUGCGUCAAUUUGGAAAUCGCAAUCUGUGCCGCACCCAAGAGGAACGUUGCAAGAGCAAUCAGCGGCGGCAGCUGGAGCAGCAGCAGCAGGCCAAACAGCGAGCGCUGGAAGAGAGCGAGGCGGAGCGGCGGGAGGAACAACUCCAGCAAAAAAAGCGCAUUGAGAAGGCGCAACAGCUGUUGGAGCAACUGCGUCCGGGACCAAGGGAACUGAACUGUGCCAAGCUGCACAGCGAAGUGUUGCGUGGCAUCAAUGCCCAGCGACAGUUGCAGGCCCAGUUGGCAGCUGCAGCGGAGCAGCAGCGCCUGCUGGACAGACGCAUCUACAGCGAACAGGUGCUCAACGGCCUGGACGAGAUGCAAUUGCGGCACACGGAACGACAACAGCAGCUGGGCGAGCACAAGCGAGAACUGCUGGAAUCAAUUAAGCAGCGACAGCUGGAACGCGAAGCCAACAAAGCUGAGCAACUGGAGCAGGCGCGAGAGGAACGACAGCGCAAUCAGAUCCAGUUGAAGGAGCAGCGGGACAAGGAAGCAGCCCACCAGGCGAACCGAAGGCAGCAGACGAAGGAACAGGCGCUGGCAUCCCUUGUGGCAGCGGAACAGCGUCGACAGCAGCUACGCCGGCUGGACGAAGUGGAGCAGGCGCUGUGCGAAGUGCACAACGAGGCCAAGGCCAAGUUGGAUGGGCUCAAAUACGAUCUGGGCAAGCAGCGUGUGCAGCGACGUAUUCGACGCAAUGAGCAACUGGCCAAGGAGCUGGCGCCGCGGCUGAACUACAGUGCUGGCGAGGAGGACCAGCGCCGCCAAGAACAACAGCUGGCGGAGAUGCGACGGGCGCACAGUGUUGAGCAGCAAAAGAGGCGCCAGCGUUUGGAGCAGAGCAAGCUGGAGCGAUUGGCCAUGCAGCGAGCCGAACAGGAACAGGCGGAGGCAGCCAAGCGGAGCAGGGAGGAACAACGAAGCAAGGAUGAGGAAAGGCGACUGGAAAAUGAUCGAAUACAUGUGGAGUUCAAGCGGCAACAGCGCCAAGAGCAAGUGAAUCGACAGCGUGAGUUGCGCGCCCAGUUGGAUAAACAGGAGGCACAACGACUGGAAGAGCAGGCACGUCCGGGCAUCAAUUAUAAUCGUGAGGCGCAAAUGGAAUGCCUGCGCGAGGAUGCCUUCUUCGUAGAUUAUGCCCACAAGCUGAUGACGGAGGCCCAAGCCCAGGGCUGUCCCCUCAAACCUUUCGUGCGCGCCCUCGACCAGUACAAGAGUGAGAAUCGCAUUGGAGCCAAGGUGACAAUUCCACGACAUCUAAUUACCAAGUUGACCAUGGGUAGACGCACCAAGGGAGACAGUGCAGCGGAGGAGAAGGCGAGUAGCCAGGAGAAGCAGCAGCAGCUGGCAGCGGAAGAGAGCCCAAAGGAACAGAGCCACAAUGAGGAAGAAGAGUACAAUCGGAAAAUCGAGCAGAAUCUUAAGAAAAUCGAUGCAUUGUUGCUGAAGAACAAUGUAAAGGAGGAGGAGUAGAACUAAGAAAUGGAUAACACUACUCGAAGUAAUAUAUAAAUAAUAAUAAUAAUAAUAAUUGAGAGAAUAUAAGUACUUUUUCAUAGUAA